CCUUAUCAGGCCACAAAUAGAUCCACGCUACGGUUACUUGCAUAUGCUUAGGGUUCAAGUUUUUUGAUCCCUCUCCAGUCUCCAUCAUCAACCGUCGAGCUCUGCUGCAAACUCCACACGGCAGCUCUUUCAGCCAUGGCGAAGAACAGGAACAAGAAGAAGAAGGCUGGCGCUGAUUCCAUGGACACAACGGAACUUACUAUCUCGGAUUCUGCUCAAGCGAUGGACACGUCGGAGCCUGGAGUUUCCAGACCCGCCUCCGGUGGUCUCAAUAGAGAAUGCAGAAGGGAAGACCGAUGAAGAGAUCGAAGAACGUUCGCAAGAAGAAAGCCCUGGAAAAGGCCAUCUCCAAGACGGAGCAGUCCUUUGAGAAAGUUGUCAAGUUCGAGAACAAGAAGCAAAGAACUCAAUCUGCCAAACAGCUCUAUGACUAAGUAGUAGUAGCAGUAUAGAUCAAUACAUAUAUUGGAAUGUAUCAGGAAUCAGCAUCUUCCAUAUUCAAUUUAGUUCAGCUUCUCAACAUAUCUGUAGUUUCCUAUCCCCUAUGAACGCGUUUGCGAAAUCAAGUAUAGGCCAUUUUCACACAGAUCUUACAUUACGGCAGGAAUUUGACAAGCAACCAGUCCUCAGAAGUCAGAAAAUGGGACAGGAAUUUUGAUUCUUUUGGAAUUCAUACGUUCUACUCGAAUAUGGGAAUCCAAUAAGAUGUCAGUGCAUCUAGAUUCAAGGAAGAACAAUGAGACAAUGUUAGCACAGGCCCAAUUUCUUCACUUGUUGAUGGGAAAAGGGAAAACUUCAAAUCGCAGUUCAAUUGCAGAAACUAACAUGUAAAACUGGCAAAAGCUUCAAUUUUCAAUCGCUUCCCCAUUUUCUCAACACUCUCUCCUUGGCGGAGACGACGACAUUGUUGUGAGCUUCUUCGCUCGAGGGUUCACCGACAGCAGCAUAACCACCGCCCACGCCGGAGAAUUUCGACGAAACCAAAGUCAACCCAUCUCUGGCUCCUCUGAGAGUGCGGAGCACAGGGUUGCAGACGGUGGCAAGCAUCAAGUCCCCUUUGGCGACCAAAAGGUAGAUGCCCAGAAUUCCCAACAAGGCUAGACUGGUUUGCUGAGCUUCGGGCCAGAAAUUGUCGCCGCCGGACCAUCCGAAUGGUCCGCCCGAGCCAAACCAACCGCCGCCACCGGAAUCCCCUCCUCCUGCGCUGGUUCUAGCUUCCUCUCUCUUCUUGAUUUCCUUAUCCCAUUUCUCGAACUCGCUCUUCUUCCCUCCCAGCGCGCUUUCCAAUGCUUUCUUCGCCUGCUCUUCUCGCCCGCCGCUGGAGAACAGGCAAGUGAACUUGCCGUUGCAUUUGAGCUCCCUCUGAAAUUGAUUCCAGCUCCGCUUCCCGGCUAUGCCUCGGAGAUGGAGGCCGCUCGAUUCCGUCGGAGCAGCCGACGAAGAACGGAGAGGAUUUAGGUUAAGGACCUGCGCCAUGGCUCUCCCUUGCCUGGAAAUG